ACAAACAAUUUUGUGCAGUGAUUACUCGAAGCAUGCGAAACUAAUUGUCAGGAGAUGCACAACUGUUUUGUUGAAGACCAGUGCAUCCAAAAUUAGCUACCUGACUGUUCUUCUAAGUGAAAUUAUAAGUAGAUGUGACAUGCAUUACGCAACAAAAAUGUAAUCAGAAAUGAAUUAUUACAAUGUUUAGUGAUCAGAGCCUAAAUGUACAGGAAAAUGAACAUGCAGGUCGCACUGUGUUAAAACAAGGCUAUCUGCAUAAAGUUGAUCGGAGUCAAUACACAGCCAAAAGUUGUCCUUGCUGGUCUGUGGUAUUAACCAGAGGAUCUCUUGAUCUUUAUCGGAGUGUGAAAUUUGACAAAUUGAAGAGAAGUUACCCACUAGCUGUGAUCAAAGAAGUAAAAAAUGACACAGACUCUCCUUAUAAAUUCACUAUCUUUUUUUCAAGCCAACCCCCUCUUGUGUUUCAAGCAGAAAAUGAACGUGAUAGCAUUGAAUGGGUGAAGCUACUUAGACAAGGAGUAAAAAGUUGGAAAUGCAUUGAACCAUCAACUCAGGUGAAGAACGACAGUGUAAAUGAAGACAGUGAAUUAAAGAUCAUUUUUCCUUCUCAAAGAAUUUCACAGCAAUUUUGUAAUGAUGAAAAGUUAGAAACUCUUGGAGAAAGUUCAAUGAUAAAAUAUGCACGAAGCGGCAAAACCAUUCCGCAUGAACGUGUGUUCACCAUUGAUGAUAACUAUGUGCAUAUAAUGUGGAAGAAAUCUUUAACUAGUGGAGGAUAUCGUUAUAAUUGCUCAUUGUCAUUUCAAGACGUAACGGAAGUUCGAUGUGGACAACAAACAAGAAACUUCAAUCUCUUCCCUUACAUUGAAGUAGAAAAUCAAUCCUUCUCUUUAAUGUUUCAGAGAGACCAAGGAGAAUGGUGUGGCUUAAAUUCGCUAGAUCUCAUAUGUGACUCUGUUUUUGCAUUUCAACAAUGGAAACAAGCUUUGGAAAUCUUGAUUUAUGGAAAAGAUGGAAAGUUACCGCUGCGUGACUGUCAUAAGAUUUCUGAUCCCAUAUUGGUUUAUCUAAAACGCUAUUGGUCUGUUCUUGCUGAGAAAAAUUUCAUCUCGUUGGAUACUUGUUUGUGUUUCAUGUGGAACUUUAAUAAAUCAGUUCGAAAACGAGCAUUACGAAGUUUUGUAAGGAAUAUUUCACGUUGUCAAUUUGCUGAGGAGCAGUUAAACUUGGAUUACUUUAUUUUUAUUUUCAACCUCCUCAAUCGACAAAAGCAGCUUUACGAAUAUUUCAAGAGCUUCGCAAAAUCAUUUCCAGAUCUUGGCAUGACAGCACAAGAAUUUUUAUGGUUUUUAACAGAUGAGCAAAAGAUGACAGAUAUGGACAUUACAACAGCAAGAAGCCUUAUUGCACAUCACGAUAAACAUAACUGGUUGUUUAAGAGGUUUUCAGCUGGUGAUGAUCCGACUGCAUAUCAGACAAGUGCUACUCUUCUCUCUUUCCAUGGCUUCAUGAGUUUCUUACGAAGUGGGGAUAAUUCAAUCGUAGACAGUAAUAUUGAACAGGAUAUGAACAGACCACUUUCUGAUUAUUUCAUCAAUUCGUCACACAAUACAUACCUAACUGGUCAUCAAUUAAAAGGCUUGUCAAGUUGUGAAGCAUAUGUGUACGCACUGCAGCAAGGAUGUCGUUGUUUAGAAAUUGAUUGCUGGGAUGGACCAGAUGAACCUAUUGUAACUCACGGCAUGACUUUGACGACUAAAAUUAAAAUGAGAGACGUUUUAGAAAUUAUAAAGGAGUAUGCAUUUGACUAUUCUCCUUAUCCAGUCAUCUUAUCUUUGGAAAAUCAUUGUUGUAAAGAACAACAGUUUAUGAUGGCGAAUAUGUUUGUUGAAGUGUUUGGUGAUAUGCUUGCGACUGAAGAUUUGUGUACAAACAACACGUUACCUUCUCCUGAAAAGCUGAAACAUAAAGUUAUUUUGAAAGGACAUGCCAGAUCAAAAAAGAAGUCUCGUGUGAAGAUACAUUGCAAAAAAUUAUCAAGACAGCAUCAACCAUCUGAAGAUUACUCUGGCAUCAAAUCUCCAAAGUUACGAAGUUAUUCCACUGUCAGUCAGCCAGAGUUUAAUCAAGAUGAAAAACAACAAGGGGGAGAAGAAGAUAUAGUUCAAGUUCCGUUGGAUGACGUGAUGAGCCAACUGAUAGUGUAUUGUCGUGCAGUUUCUUACAAGCGCGAUGAUCUCAGCCACAACUGCACGGAAAUGCACUCGUUUGGAGAAAACACAAUUUCUGUGAUAGGAGAAAAGUUUCCAAUUGAUGUGUUGUAUCUUACUCGCCGAAAGAUGGUAAGAACUUAUCCACGAGGAUCACGCGUUGAUUCGUCGAAUUAUAAUCCAAUGAACAUGUGGAAACUAGGUGUUCACAUGGCCUCUGUGAACAUACAGAAACCAGAUUUCGGACUCCACAUCAACACUGGAUUCUUUCUAAAAUCGGGUUCUACUGGUUAUGUACUAAAACCACAAGCACUGAUCAGCCAAAAGUCCACCUACCAUCCAUAUUUGACGAGAACACCAAGUGGUGACAAUAUGGAAUCGUUGACGAUAAAGGUUAUAUGUGGCCAGUUUGUGGAAACAGAUAUGUUUUUAAAUCUCCCAAUAUGUGUGGAGUUUGAGACCGUUGGAAUUGAUGGUGACGCACGUAUCUCCUCCACAGAGCCAUGUGAUGAUGGUCAUUUUAACCCAGUGUGGGAGAAGGACACUCACACGUUCAACCUAAUCAUGCCCUCACUGUGUGUGUUGUACAUUAAAGUGCUUGCUGUCUCUCGAGUACACAAAAUGAUUUAUCAAAACUGCUUCCCUGUUGACAUUCUGAAGCCAGGUCUGCGGUACAUACCUCUAAAAACAUUAACUGGCGUAAAUAAAAAAGAAAAUGGCUUGUUCGUAAGACUGACCAUAGAAUAUACCAAGGAGCAAAGGCGACAUGGUAGCGAGUUAAUUGCAUCCAAUGUGGGUGAGAAGACUGACAGGUUCAGACUACAUACUGCAUAAAGUCGCAUAGAACGGUUUUGUAAGGCUGACCAUGGAAUACACAAACGAUCGAAGGCGAAUUAAUUGCAUCCAACGUGGAGUAAAAAAAUUAGUAGGUUCAAAUUACAUACUGCAUGAAAUCAUUUGAAGUGGUUUUUAUGCUGACAUCAUAAAGUGGCUCCUCGACGCCACGAAGUGAUUUCUUAUCAAAAUAAGAAAACCUAUUAUGGUCCCUUUGGAUACCGUUACUUGCUUAUCUUGUGGAACAGCUUGAGAGCAAUGCGCCUAGUGCUUGAAAAUUACACCAAAUGUUCGUCUUUGAUAUACAUUUGGACGCUUUUUUAUGUUUCUAGCAAAACAUUUAAAUUUGUGUGUAGAUAUCCAAACUGAUACACCUGUUUCUUUGUAUCCAUAUACCUUAAAUAAAUUAAAUAGUUUUCAUUUUUUAAAAGAAUUUAUCGUUAAAAUUAGUUCUCUCGAAAAUUAAUUUUCUUGAGGUAGUUCUAUCAAAUAAAUUUAUGCAAAAAUUCACAAAACAAAACAGGAACACCUCUACACAGGAAAAACAUUUGAAAUGAGUUCGGUGUUAUGAUACUAUACACUUAUGUCUUUCUCUUGUUAAAAUUUCAUCUGUUCCUUCUUGAGUGAAAGAUAACAAAAUUUAGUGGCAAAGAUCUCAUGUGUGAAUACAUGGAAAUCUCGAAUAAGCUCCUGAAAUAUUGUUGUUGCAACUAGAUUAAUUGGAUGGUUGUUUUUGAACAUGUUCGUGUCGCCGUCUUAGUUAACAGGCGUUGGGAACGAGUUGGUUUGUUUUAAAAGAGCUAAAUAUUAUACAAAAUAUAUAUAAAUUAUAAUAUAGAAUAAAAUUUAUUUAUUUUUUUUGUAUAUAGCAAUAUAAGUACUUGUUUUGAUUGAAAGUUUGGAAAUAAUAAAAGAGCUUUUAGCGUUCUAAAGAA